UCCUGUAAACAAAGAGGCUACUGUCCGUCUGUCAGUAGCGUUCGUGUGUUCUCCAUCACUUUCUUCGUCCUUUUCGUCGUGUUUGGACCAUGGCCCAGGCUGGAGUGGUUCUGGAUAAGGACCAGUUUAACUGUUCAAUAUGUCUGGACGUGUUGAGAGACCCUGUGACCAUUCCCUGCGGACACAGCUACUGCUCGGUCUGUAUACAGAACUACUGGGACCAGGACGACUAUCUGGGGAUCUUCGCGUGUCCCCAGUGUAGGCAGAACUUCAACCCGAGGCCUCUGCUGGCCAGAAACACCAUGCUGGCCGACGUGGUGGAGAAAUUUAAAAAGACCGGACUGCAAGAGGCCGCCACACCCGUGAACCAAAGCUUUGCUGCGGCAGACGACGUGGAGUGCGACGUCUGCACCGGGAGGAAGAACAAAGCUGUAAAGUCCUGUCUGGUGUGUCUGGCCUCCUACUGCGACGUCCACCUGCAGCCCCAUUUCGAGUCUGCUGCCUUCAAGAAACACAAGCUGGUGUCUGCCUCCAAGAAACUCCAGGAGACGAUUUGUACCCGACAUGACAAGCUACUGGAGGUUUACUGCCGCACAGAUAAACGGUGUAUCUGUUACCUGUGUCUGACUGACGAGCAUAAAGGACAUGACACGGUGCUGGCUGAGGCUGAGAUUCAACAGAGACAGAGGGAGCUUGGUGACAUGAAGCAGAGCUCUCAGCUGAAAAUUCAGCAAAGGGAAAAGGAGGCACAGGAGCUGAGACAAGCCAUUUUCUCCCUCACUCGUUCUGCUCGGACAGCAGCCGAGGAGAGCGAAGCUGUCUUCACUGAGCUGAUCCGCUCGAUCGAGCUGAAGCGUUUCGAGGUGAGAGAGCUGAUCAAAGCGCAGGAGAAGAUGGCGGUCAGUCAGGCUGAGCAGCUGCUGGAGAAGAUCCAGAAAGAGAUCGCUGAGCUGAAGAGAAACGAGGCUGAACUGGACAAACUGUCCCUCACUGACGAUCACAUCCAUUUCCUCCAGAGUUGUCAGUCUGUCCAUGCUCCACCUGUGCUGUCAGCUCUGCCUACAGUCAGUGCUGACCCCGGCCUCACCUUUGUCCCUGUGAUGACAGCUGUGUCGGACUUUAAAGGGCUGCUGCAGGAGGUCUGCCAGGGAGGAUUUGUGAGCAUCUAUGAGAGAGUGAGAGAUGUAUUCAUAAUAAGUCCUCAAAGUCCUGCUGUACAGCUCAACACAACACAGCCUAGUGAGGGAGCAGCAGCCGCACAAAUGGAAGCAACUCAAGUGACCUCUACACCUGGUCUAGACCAAAGUCCUGUGAACCCUCUGAACCCUUUCCUCAAUCCAGGACCCUCAGUGCCCACCUUCACUUUCUCACCCUUUGGCUCCAAGUUCUCCUCAAGUUCCAGACAGAGGCACAUGCAGCGACGUGCUCACCCCAGGAGGAAGUAGAUGUAAAGUGGACUAGAAAAUCAACAUUUUACCUGAUACAACACGAGCUGAAUGUCAUUAUAUUACUGUACUCUCUUCCCCUUUUCCUCUCAUGAAACUGCAGUAACAUUGAGGCAUUGUCUAUUUAAGAAUUCACCAUUUGCCAUUAAUUGAACCGUGUUGGCUUCCAUGAUUAACUGUACUUGUAUCUUGUAUUAUGAUGGAGAAAAUGAGACAAGACAAACAUUUGUAAGAACCGUAUUAAUUUUAAGUAUUAAGCCUGAGACAGCACACAGCUCUAAGUAUCAUUAUUUUCAGUAUUUUUAAGGACGUUGCCUUGAAAUGUAUUAUUGUUUUAGUUGUUUUAAAGUUAUUCCUCUGACACUUAUUUUUAACCAAACCUACAGAACAUUCUGCUUUACAAAUGUGCGUGUGUGAUAAUAUAUUGUGAUUUGUGACAUGCUGACAUUAAAAAGAAAUCAAAUGAGCUUGUAAAAA